AUGGAAACCGCCCAGGCGAAGCGCGCGAGGGAGGACAAGGCCGUGGCUGACAGGGUCGUCGAGGAAGGGGAGGGCGGGGGAGCUGCGAGCGGCGGCGGGGGGGACGCGGACAGGGAGGAGAAGGAGGAGAAGAUGCGUCUUGCGCGCGCCGUGAAGGAACUGACUGAACUUGUCCGCCACAAGGGCCGAGAUGUCCAGGUGGUGACGACGGACUUGGAGCUGUCGAAGCAGAGGGUGACCAAGGUAGAGGCGGAGCUGGAGCGCACGAAGCAGUCGCUUCGGGAGGCCCGGGAGGAAGUCCAGAGGGCGGCGACCGAGAGCGUGGAGGCCGUCUCCAAGGCGGAGCACAGGAAACUCCUGGAAGAGGUGGCCCAGAUCAGCACCCUUCGCGAGAGCAACGACAUGCUCCGGAGCAAGCUCGGGGACGCGGAGCGCAGGAGCCGUACGGCCGAAGGGAGCCUGAGCCAGCUGCGUGCCCAGAUGGCUCCGCUCCAGCGUGCGCAGAGGCAGCAGUCGGCGUCAUCGGCAUCCCUUGCCUCGGAGAAGGAAAGCCUCCGCAAGGAGGUGGAAAACUGGAAGAAGCGCGUCACCAGCCUCACCGCCAGUUUCAACGCGGUGGAUCCCAAGGACCACGAAGACGUUAUCGCCGAGAAGGAGCGGCUGGCCAAGGCCCUCGCCGAAGCCGACCAAACGAAGGCCGCCCUGGAGAACGCCAAGGCCGACCUCACCCGCGGCAAGGCAGCGGCGGAGAAAGAGCGGGACGAUGCCAACGCCAUCAAGGCCAAGGUCCUCCCUCAGGUGCACGAGCUGAGGAAGUCGCUUUCUGCCUCGGCCGCCCAAAAGGCUGCUGCCAGCCGCGAUCUGGAGGCCAAGCUUGCGGCAGAGAGGGAGAAAGCCUCCAAGGCCGCUGCUGAGGCUGCCUCCCUGAGGCAGGAGAACGCUCGCACUCGCGCCAGUGCCAACAGCACCACGGCCAACGUGACCAAGCAGCUCAACGAGCAGGUCGCCAAGGCUAAGGCGGAAGGCGAGGCUCUGAGGGUACAGCUGCGGCAGGCGCUCGCUUCCAAGGAUGGCUCGGGCCAGUCGGAAAUGCUCCGCAAGAAAGUGGCGUCGUUGGAGGAGGCCAUCCGGGCGAAGGACCGCGAGAACGUCACGAACAGGACCAUGUACGACAACAUGAAGGGGGUCAGCCGCAAGAUCAAGGAGACCCUCGCGAGUGCCCAGCAGGAGGUCAGGGAAAGGAACGACCUAAUCACCAAGCUGCACGCACGCGUCGCCGAGCUCGAGGGAGGACAGCCGACGCCGGCGCCGGCGCCCGCGCCAGCGCCGGCGGCGGCCACCGCGGCCGGCGGCACGGAGGGCAACACCACCGCUACAGCUGCAGCUACCGCGGGGGGAGGGGGUGCCGUCGCUCGCCCUACCCGUUCUGUCUCCCCGGCCCCUGCCUCCCAGCAGCAGCAGCAGCGGGGUGCGUCGCCUACUACGGCGGGACGUUCCGCGAUGGCGGUGGUGGCGGAGGCUGGUGCCGGUGGCGAUGACGGCGGAGAGGCCUCUCUCAGGAACAGGCUGAUGGCCCGCAGUGAGCAAUAUGCGUAG